UGGAUAUAGCAACCUCUGUACAAAACGGUUUUAUUUAUCUUAGCUAACUAGGGUAUUGUUAGCUUGAGUACAUAUGUCAACCUUUUUAUUUACGUUGCAAUCGCUUUAAUAUAACCUAUAUUCUAGGCUUGGUCGCACUAUCUAACGUUAACAUCAAACUCUUUAGCGAGCUUGUUUCGAGGGCUUUUUGCUUUGCAAACUAGCUAUGGAUAACAUUAUGGAUCCAGCAUCAGAACAAGAUCUCCCUCUGUUCUCCUUGCGUCUCCUGGUUCCACCUCUACGCCUGAUGUCUGCUUUCAUGUGGCAAGUGACUCAACAGCGUAAUGUGAUGCAGUAUGGGAAGCUGGAGGAAUUUGUUACUUUGGUGACAGAGAUGGUUCCAGAGCUGCUGAGUUCCAGGCAGAGGACCCAACUCAUUCUGGGACUGAGAGCAAAGCUGGUUUUAGAGUUGUGUCGCAGUAAGGACACAGCUGACCUGCUGACCAUCCAGGCCCACCUGGACAUAAUCCACACGUUGACAGAAAAGUCUUUACACAAAGAGAGUCAUGGUGAUGAAUUGGAGGCUGCAGAUUCUAACUUUGUGGAGCUAGUCCAAACCCUGCUGGAAGACCCUUCUGAUAGGGAGCAUUUCUUCCAGGAGGUGUUCCCAGUCCACUAUGGCCCUCGGUAUGACACAGCGCUGCAGACACUGGUGUGGGAGUUCCUCUCCAGACUGGAGGAGCUACUGCCUGUACCAGACCUCACGCAGACAACAGCAUGGCUCGGUGCUGCCCCCUCUGUCCUGGAAGAAUGUGGGCAGAGUGUCUUUGACCCUGAACAACUGAAGACAGUGUUGCAGCACCAUCAGCAUCAUGGAAACCUGAACAAUAGUCAUGUCUCUAAUUACACUACAGAUACCAUCCUGUCCACACUGUCCCUCCCUCCAAUAAUCAGAGUUGUUAUUAACUACGAACCAGACAACUCUGACAAUGUGAGGCCAUACUCAGAUGACGAUGAAGACCACAAUGAAAUCCUGGAUGAAGGCACUGAUAGAUGUUUGGAGGAUCUAGGACUGUCAACAUCAGAGGAACAGGAGGGUCUGUCACCUGCAGAGACCUCAGUGUUGGUUACUCCAGUACCCUGUGAUGAAUUGAAUUUGGAUCAUUCUCUCAACAUAAUGGUGAAUGCGGACGAGCCAUCCCAGGUUCUUACCUGCACUCUGCCUCCAUUCUCUCACAGUGAAAUGGCCAACCUCUGCAAGGACAUCAAGACCGACCAAGUAGAAAAGGACAGAAAGCAGGUUGACAAGAAAGAAGAGGUGGUCAAAAAAGGGAACAAAAAGAAUGUGAUCAAACAGGUUGACAAGAAAAAAGAGGGAUUCCCUGCACUUCAAAACAGAACUCAUAUAUGUGAGUGUGGGAAGGGUUUUAAAAAACCAUCACUGCUGACGCUACAUAUGGGAGUUCACACGAUGCCACAUCAUUGUGACCAGUGUCCCAAACGAUAUGCUACUCCUGGGGCACUGAAAAAGCACCAGCUACUUCACACAGAAGAAAGACCAUUCGCAUGUGAACACUGUGACCGGAGGUACAGGAGUGCUUAUGAUCUCAAAGUGCACGUACGCAGUCACUCUGGGGAGCGCCGUCACGUGUGUACUAUCUGUGAGAAGAGGUUUGCCCAUCCAAGUACACUGGUGAGACACACGCGAAUGCAUGCUGGGGAGAAGAAUUAUUUAUGUAGCAUAUGUGGUAAGGCAUUUCUUAGCUCAGGAGAAGUGCGACUGCAUACACGAACGCACACAGGAGAAAACUCCCACACCUGUAAACAUUGUGGAAAGGGUUUCAAAGCAUCUUGCCAUCUUAUGGUUCAUCUGCGAUCUCACACAGGCGAGCGUCCUUACACCUGCACCCAAUGCCCCAAAUCUUUCACUACCUCAGACUCUCUUAGAACGCACAUAUAUACUCACACUGGGGAGAAACCUCACCGGUGCUCAGAGUGUGGGAAAACAUUUACUCAGAGGUGUAAUAUGGUAAAUCAUAUGAGAAGAAUUCACCGGUUAAGAUUCUCCAAAAGCAGUCCAACAGAAAGAAACACAGAAAGUCUUGUAAAAAUGCUUUGAGUUCGAAAGAAACUAUGUAAUAGGUAAUUCCAAUCGAAAUAUUGAUUGCAAUUAUUGAGACAAGAAAUUCCUCUUUUGUAUAUCAGAUUAUCAUAUCAAAACAUGUUUUUCAAUAAACUUCAAAUCAAGGUUUGUCACAUCUACACAUGAUAUUUGCACUGCAAAUAAUGAUUUUAGAAGUGGGAUGAUGAUGAUGACAUUUACCCAAUUUACACUGUUUGACCAACCAGAUUCCUUAACACUUGUAAGAUAUGCAUAUACAAAGUCUCCAUGAGUUUAUUUUCAAAAUGCUAUGUCCACCAAUUUUUCACAUUGGUGUUUUUUCACCUGAAAUUAUUGCAUGUGGGUACCUUCAUGUGUGUGCCAAAUACUAAUGUUCUCAUAUUUUUUUAUUCGUUGAUUUUAGGUGUAUAUUAAAACUAUUGUUUUUAUGCAAAACAUUAUAUAUCCAUUGUUUAGUUGAAAUGGAAUGUUUGAAUACGGUAUUUUACUGUGAUAUGUGGUGGUUGUCUCACCUAGCCAUCUUAAUAAGGGUGCUUUAACUCUACGGGAUUGGUGUCCCUCAACCAAGACAGUUGUUGCUCAAAAUGCGAUAAUGUGAUUAGAAUUAUGUUGUAAACAACAGCCAACUUUCCGGGACAUAGACUUGUCUUAUAUGGGCAGAAAGAUGAAAUUCUUGUUAAUCUAAC